GCAGCUCUGUUGGUUGCCGUCGUUGGGAGGAGUCACCGCGAUUGCUACGCAAAGACGACUACGGAAGAGCGCGCAGCGGAGCCUGCGUACAUUUGCCAGCUCCCAUUGUGGCGCGGAGGCGACACCGUCUUCUCUUGCCGACGUGAGGGGAGAGGAGUGCGCGCCUGCUCGUCGUUGGUGGCAGCGUUUCUUUCCCGCUGUCGUCUAACGAAGAAAAGGAAAAAAGAAGAAAGGCGACCACAAAGUUCUGUUCUGUAUAUUUCGUACUGCUUAGUCACUUCCCACUGUGCCGCACUUUCAUUCACUUCUUAAUUGUUAUUUGUUUUGUUUGUUUUUCAAACUUUUUUUUUGUUAGUCUAGUCCUCCGUUUAUAAUGUACUUCAUUAGAGGGUCGCCCGCCGGCAACUCGGUGCGGCGCCACGGUGAACGCGCCACCUCCACCUCGAUGGUGAGCCAAACCAACGGCAGCUUCACCGAGAGCAGCAUCUACACGCCGUCCGUGUACAGCGAGGGACACGUGGCGGGCCACCAACACCGCAGCACCGCCAGUCGAUUCACCUCGACCUCCGCCUCGCCGCGACCGGAGCACUUCGACGACGCGAACCUGUACGCAGGUGCGGACGGCGCCGACACGCGCGAAAACUUCCGCGUCGCCGUCCGCGUGCGACCACCGCUGCCGCGAGAGCUACACGGCUACCGCCCGUUUGUGGACGUCGUGCAAAUCACCGCGGCGCACGAGAACACCAUCACCCUGUGCGACGCUCUCGACACGGAGGAUGGACGGGCGGCGGUGUACUCGCGCCAGAGCUACGCCUUCGACCGCGUCUACAGCGCGGCUGCGACGCAGGAGGAGGUGUACGAGCGAAGUGCCCGGCCCGCCGUGCUGUCCGUGCUGGAGGGUUACAACGCCACGUUGAUGGCGUACGGGCAGACCGGCACCGGUAAGACUUACACGAUGGAGGGCUUCACGAACGAGGAGGAGCGGGGCAUCAUUCCGCGCGCGGUGGAGGACGUCUUCGCGUACAUUCAUGAGAAGCGCAGCGCGAGCGCGGACACGAAGUUUCUCGUGCGGGCCUCCUACAUGCAGAUCUACAACGAGGUCAUCUCGGACCUGUUGGAGGCGCCAAACCCGUCGUUGGGCACCCGCAGCAGUCUCGGGGUGCGCCACACCCCACAGCGUGGCGUCUACGUGGACGGUCUGUCGGAAUGGGUCGUCCGGACGCCAGAGGACGUCUACGGCCUCAUUGCCAAAGGCACCGCCCAGCGCGCGACGAGUGCCACGCGGCUGAGUGAGCUGUCCUCCCGCUCGCACGCCAUCUUCACCAUCGUGGUGGAGGCGAUGGAGGGGGACGAGGCGAGCCCGCUGGCCUACCGCUUUGGCAAGCUGCACAUCGUGGACCUCGCGGGCAGCGAAAAGAUUCGACUUGCCGGGGUGACGGGACAGCGCUUAGAGGAGACGAAGAGCAUUAAUAAGUCGCUGCACGAGCUUGGCAACGUCAUUGCCGCCUUGGCGGCCAAGUCCACCGCACACGGCCGUCGCGGCGGCCUGCCGCGGCACAUCCCAUUUCGCAACUCGGCCCUCACGAGCGCUCUCCGGGACUCACUCGGCGGUAACUGCAAGACAACGCUGAUCGCCUGCAUCUCCCCCGCGCUGGAGUCUUACGCGGAGUCGCUGUCGACACUGAUGUUUGCCAACCGCGCCAAGAACAUCCAGACCCAUGCCGUGGUGAACGAGGGGGUCAAUCAGGCGACGCUGCUGCGGACGUAUGAGCAGGAACUGCGCCGGCUGCGGCAGCAACUGCAGGAGAGGACGGAGGCCGCCGCCUCCGGGGCCGACUCGGUCGACACGCACGUCCUCCUCUCGGAGAUGGAGGAGGACUACCGACGGGCGGAGAAGGACCGUGUGGCGGCGCUGGCAGCCCUGCAGCAGUCCUCCGCGGCUCACCAAGAGGAACUCCGCGUCCGCGAGGAACUGGAGGGCCGUAUUCGGGAGUUGGAGGCGAUUAUGCGCGAGGGCGGCAUGGAGGGCAACCCACGCACGAGUCAGGAGUACGCCGAGCGGCUGCUCGAGCUGGAUCGGGAGCGGCAGGCCGUAGCCGAAGACAAGGAGCAGGUGGACCGCUACAAGCACCUCCUGCUGAAGCAGCGCGACAUCAUGCUGAGCCUCACCACGCGGCUCAACGACCGCGACGAGACCAUUUUGCUGCUGCAGGAGGAAGUGGACGCCUACGACCAGCACGUGCUGGCGUUGGAGGAGGAGUUGGAUCAGGCGCUGCGGGAGAACAGCGGCAGCUCGGUCGGGGUUGAUGGCGGGGACGGAGGCAGCGGUCGUCGACCGCCGUCGUUUGUGGUGAAUCCACGAAGUGUCGGAAGGCUGAGCGAGGCGCAGGCGGCGGCGUACGUGCAGCGGCUGCGUGUUGGGUCUGCGGUGACUGGGAAUCCGGCAGGUAGCGGGGAUGCGAGUGCGUCUCCUUCCUACCGGUAUCGAUCGCUACUGCAGCCCACGCGGACGGUCACAGCGGAGCAGCUGUCCAUUGAGCUCGUCAUGCUGCAGGGCUGCCACGACGCGGACAGCAACGGGAGCUCCCCUCGUGGCGGUGCGGGAGCGAUGUCAAAAGAUGGGGCGGCGGCGGUAACGCCGGGCUUUAGUGAGGCGGAGUUGGCCCGUGCGGUGCAGCAGCGCGCGGACUCGAUGCUCCGCAGUCACUACGAUGAGCAACUGGCACAGCUGCGGUGCACCGUGGCGGAUCUCACGCUGCAGCUGCGCAACAGCGAGGACAACGCCCAUGUGGCGGACAAGGCAGUGGACCAACUGAUUCUCCGUCUGCGCAGCAGCUCGAACGGCAACACGGUGGCGGCUGACGCGAUGGAGGGCCUGCGAGGUGAGUUGCGGGCCGAGUGGGAGUCGCGGCGUAAGGCGUACGCGGCCACCAUCGACGCGGUGCAGGACGCAGUGCGCACGGACGGUGUGGAGCGGGCCAGGCUCGGCCGUGAGGUGGACCGCGUGCGGCUGGAGAUGCAGCACUUACUGGAGAGCGCAACGCCGCCGGUAGACGCGGAACAGCGGUCGGCGGUGAGUCGUGUCUGGCAGCGACUGCAGGAGGUGGAGGAGAAGGCUCGCCUGCAGGGAACCCUGUCGCGGCUGCCGAACCUGGAAAGGAAGUCGACGUCCGCAUCGGCACCUUUAAACCCCUCUUCCUCUCCGCCUGCUGUCAGCGCGGAUGUCGACCCACGCGAGCACCAACGCCAACUUCUCGAUGCGCAGGCGCGUGAGAGGGCUCUGCAGGCAACGGUCAACGAGCAGCAAGCGGCAAUACAAAAACUGGAGCGUGAAGCCGCGGGUCUGCGCGCUUCUUUGGUUUCUCGCAACAAUCCGAGCAGCCCCGCCUCUCCAUCGUCCUCCUCCAUCAACAACAGCAACGCGGAUGCCGAGGAAGUCGCUCGCUUGCAGCAGCAGCUAACGAUCCAUGAGAAGGACCGACGAGCUCUGCGCACCAUUCUGGAGCAGCGGAUGCGCGGCAAGAUUGACCGCAUUUGCGACAUGCUGUCCAGCGGCGACGCGGUGAAUGGGAGAGAGGGAGGCGGGAAGCUGGGAAGUGAAGCGCGCAGCUUGCAGGGCCUCAUCCACGCGUCCAUCAAGGCGAUGGAUGUGGACAUCUGA